CUGAAACCGUGACAAGAGGGCGCGAGGCCAUCUGCGAUAUAUUGGGUUGUGUGUACGAAGGUGGGGAGAAUUCGGAGAAAGGGAAGAGAAGAGAAGAAGAAGAUGGACGGUUUGCUGGGGAGAAGGAUGUUCAACGUCUCGGUUUGUGGGCAGGAUGAGCUGGAGCACAUAUCAAGAGAUGGCAGCCAUUACAGCCUCUCGACUGGGAUACUUCCAUCUCUCGGCGCCAGGAGUAACCGGAGGGUCAGGCUCAAGAAUUUCAUUAUCUCGCCUUAUGAUCGUCGUUACAGGAUAUGGGAGACAUUCCUCAUUGUCUUGGUCAUUUACACAGCUUGGGUAUCACCUUUCGAGUUCGGGUUUCUCAGAAAACCAGAAGGGCCACUCUCAAUUACCGAUAACAUUGUGAAUGGAUUCUUUGCUGUGGAUAUCAUUCUCACCUUCUUUGUGGCUUACCUCGACAAAUCAACUUACCUUCUAGUGGACAACCGAAGACAGAUUGCUUGGAAGUACGCCAGGACAUGGUUGGCCCUUGAUGUCAUUUCCAUCAUCCCAUCUGAACUCGCUUGGAAACUAUCCCCUAAGCCAUUCAGGUCAUAUGGCUUGUUUAACAUGCUCCGUCUAUGGCGUCUUAGAAGAGUUAGUUCCCUCUUUUCCAGAUUGGAGAAAGAUAGGAACUACAACUACUUCUGGGUUCGAUGUGCCAAGCUCAUUUGUGUCACCCUUUUUGCUGUGCAUUGUGCUGGAUGCUUCUAUUAUCUUAUUGCUGCUCGCUACCACAACCCAGAAAGAACAUGGAUUGGAGCAUCUCUUGGGAAUAACUUUCUGGAAAGGGGACUAUGGAUUCGAUAUGUUACUUCAAUGUACUGGUCUAUUACUACUCUCACAACAGUUGGCUAUGGCGAUCUGCAUCCUGUCAAUACAAGAGAGAUGAUAUUUGACAUCUUCUACAUGCUCUUCAACCUUGGAUUGACUGCGUACUUGAUCGGUAACAUGACCAACUUGGUUGUUCAUGGUACCAGUCGAACCAGAAGAUUUAGGGAUACCAUACAAGCUGCUUCAAGUUUUGCUCAUAGGAACCAGUUACCAGUGAGGCUACAAGAUCAAAUGCUUGCACAUUUGUGUUUGAAAUUCAGAACGGAUUCAGAGGGACUGCAGCAGCAGGAGACUCUCGAUUCUCUUCCGAAAGCCAUUCGGUCAAGCAUUUCACAUUACCUGUUCUACUCUCUAGUUGACAAAGUCUAUCUGUUUCGCGGGGUUUCAAAUGACUUGCUUUUUCAGUUGGUGUCAGAGAUGAAAGCUGAGUAUUUCCCUCCCAAAGAAGAUGUGAUUUUGCAGAAUGAAGCACCAACUGAUUUCUAUAUACUCGUAACUGGUGCCGUGGUGGUUGGGGAGCUUAAGACUGGUGAUCUUUGUGGUGAGAUUGGAGUGCUAUGUUACAAACCACAGCUGUUUACCGUGAGGACGAAAAGAUUGUGUCAGCUGCUUCGAAUGAACAGAACUACAUUCUUGAAUAUCGUUCAAGCCAAUGUUGGAGAUGGGACAAUCAUAAUGAACAAUCUUCUUCAGCAUUUGAAAGAUCUCAAGGAUCCAAUAAUGGAGGGAGUUCUGCUCGAGACAGAGAACAUGCUGGCUCAUGGAAGAAUGGACAUUCCUCUCAGCCUAUGCUUUGCUGCACUGAGAGGAGAUGAUCUCUUGUUACACCAGCUACUCAAACGUGGUUUAGAUGCAAAUGAAUCUGACAACAACAACAGAGCAGCUCUGCACAUCGCAGCGUCGAAAGGAAGUGAGAACUGUGUGCUUCUUCUGCUGGAUUAUGGUGCUGAUCCCAACUGCCGAGGCAAGUCAAGAUUUCUUGCCAUUUUUGUAGUUUCAUUGACCACUAUUCAUCUAGCCCUUUUUUACUCGGAUGGCAACGUGCCACUAUGGGAGGCCAUCAAAGCCGGCCACUCCGGAGUAGUGAAGCUGCUUCAAGAAAACGGCGCCACCAUACAGUCAGGAGAUGUCGGCCACUUCGCGUGCACUGCAGCCGAGGAGAACAACCUCGACCUGCUCAAGGAGAUCGCCCGCCAUGGAGGCGACAUCACAGCGGCCAAGACCAGCAACGGCAGCACAGCGCUCCACGUGGCGGUCUGCGAGGACAAUGCCGAGAUUGUCAGGUACCUUCUCGAACAAGGCGCCGACGCUGACAAGCCGGACGUCAACGGGUGGACACCUCGCGAUCUGGCCGAUCAGCAGGGCCACGAGGAGAUCCAGAACAUGUUCAAGACAUCGAGCAAACUAACGAAAGAUCAUCUACAGCCCCCACCACCAAUGGUUUCGUCGAUACCGGAGAAGCAGGAGAAAGGGAUCAGGUACCUAGGGAGGUUCACGAGCGAGCCGACGAUCCACCCCGUGGCUGCGAGUGAAGAGGAUAGCUCGUGGAGCUCGAGGAGGAGGCCGAGGAGGAAGACGAACAACUUCCACAACUCGCUGUUCGGGAUGAUGUCGGCUGCUGCGCAGAACGGGGAGAGUAAUCACAGCAAAGAGGCCUUGUUUCCUGUUGGCAGCAACAAUCCGAGCCAUGGGAAGAGUGUGGCUAGAGUGACGAUAAGCUGCCCGGAGAAGGGAAGCGAUACGAGGAAGCUUGUGGUGCUUCCUAAGACGUUUCAGGAGUUGCUUGACUUGGGGGAGAAGAAAUACGGGAUCAGGGUUGGCAAGGUUGUGACUGUGGAUAGGGUUGAGGUUGAUGAUAUUGAAGUGAUUAGAGAUGGUGAUGAAUUGAUGUUUGUUAGUGAAGGAACUAGCGAGGAUAGAACUGCUGCUACUCAUGAUAGGUGAUUGAUAAUUUGGCAAAUUGCAACCUCUGCAAGUGUAUAGUUUCAUUUUUUUGAUGAUAAGGAAAGGAAGAUGGUGUUCGAUCCUCGUUGUUCUUUAGGGUUCUUUUCCAUGUAUUCAUCACUUAGCCGGAAAUCCGGACCAACUAGAUUACAACGGAUUGAUAUGUAU